AUGGCGAGGAUGAGGGAAAGAGCUGCGCAGUGGGUCAUGAUGCAUGAGCAUCAUUUUACCAUUGUGGAGGAAGAAGGUUUCAAUCUAAUGCAAAAAACUAGGAUGCCUGAGUGGGAAAAAAUAACGUGCACAACAAAUAAAAAAGAUUGUGUGUCUGUGUUUGAGAUUGAGAAGAAGAAGUUAAUGAAUGUUUUGAAGAAUGUCAACAAGAUAAGCUUGACGACGGAUUUAUGGAAGUCAAGUAACCAGAAUAUAGAAUAUAUGGUUAUAACUGGACAUUUUAUUGAUGGUAAUUGGAGGUUGCAGAAAAGGGUAUUGAGCUUUGUACAUAUUGAUCCUCCUCACACGGGUGUUCAAAUUGCUGAUUCGGUGUACAAAUAUUUAAAGGAAUGGGGUAUUGAAAACAAGGUGUUCACUAUCUUUGUCGAUAACACUUCUAGUAAUGAUGUAGCAAUCAGAACAUUGAGAGAGAAUUUUUCAGUAACCAGGCGGUUGGUUUGUGGAGGGAAGCUAUUCCAUGUGCGGUGUUGUGCACAUAUCUUGAAUCUUUUGGUUCAAGAUAGCCUUUCUGAAAUUAAGGAUAUUGUUAAAAAAAUCCAUGAUAGUGUGUGGUACAUCAACCAAUCGGAGAGCAAGGUCCAAAUUUUCUCACACAUUAUGCAACAGCUACAGUUGCCUAGUCGAAAGUUGAUUUUAGAUUGCAAAACAAGAUGGAAUUUGACGUAUGAGAUGAUGGUAACUGCACUACAAUUUAAAAAUGUGUUUCCGAGAUUCAAAGACAAAGACUCUGGGUUUAUUUAUUCUCCUAACAACGAGGAUUGGGAGAAAAUUCAGAAGGCAAUAGAUGAAAAUGAAUUCAUUCGAGUUAUGGUGAAAAAGAUGAAAGAGAAGUUUGAUAAAUAUUGGGGUGAAUGUAAUUUGUUGAUGUCGAUUGCCACUGUCUUGGAUCCGAGAUAUAAAAUGAAGGUGAUUGAAGUUUCUUUCCCUAGACUGUAUCCCGAGUCUGAAGCACAAGCAAAUAUCACCAAAGUACAGGAAGCAUUGUAUGAGUUGUACAGGGAAUAUGUGGAGGAAUUUCACUCUUCCAACAAUGAAGAAAAUGUUGGAAUGAGCAUGUCUACUCAGAUGAAUGUAGGAACCGAAGCUCCUACUUAUGGGGAAUUUGAUUUAGAACAUUAUCUUAUUGAGGAUGAAGAUAUUCAUUCAGAAAAGUCAUAG